CCGGAAACCACUGUUAUUGUUUACAAUGAUACAAUGUUGUGACAUUUCGAAACUUUUAAUUUUUAGACAAUAGACAAUAGUAUACAGUUCUAGAUCAUAUUUAAACAAUAUGGAGGACAGGGACACAAUGAAGUUCUUGGAAACAAGUGCAGCUACCGUUAAAAUGACAAGUGGUGUACCGUUCACUGGCGGAAAAUCUUUUGACUCUUCUGAGUCGGAGGAUGAAGUACUUAGAGUAGAUAAUUCUUCUAAUUCUAGAUCUAGGCCUAACAAUAAAACAACACAAUUAGAUCGAAAAAACUAUUUUGAUAAUAAUGGGGAUUUGUCUGUGGGUGCAUUUGCCAAUGGUCAAACAUUCAAUGGACUGAAUAGUCCGAUUCUAAUUGGUAAUGACAAUAAGAUGUUGAUUAGCAGUAAGUUAAACCCUCCAGGCUCAGGACAAAUUCAUUCAUAUCAUCAAGUUGGUCCAGAUGAAGCAAAAAAUAUGGAGGUAAAUAAUAAAAUUGAAAAAGAAAAUGUUAUGAGACAUUUAAAGAGAAGGGGUGUCACUGACAUGACACAAGUGAUAAAUAAUUCCAGUGCUAUUACUUUUGAAAUACAAAAAAGCGUAAAUAAUAAAAAACCAGAACUUGCUGAUUCUGAUAUAAAUACGCAGACUCAGAAAGAAAAUAAAAAUGUAACAAAACUAUCAUCCAAGCAAAGGUUUGAUCCAAAGGCAAAGACAGAUGCUGGUAAGCAAAAACCAGUAUUCAUUCCACAAAAAUAUUAUUGGACAACAAAGAAUCAACCUCAGCCUCAUUCGUAUAGUUCAUCUUCUGACAAUUCUUUGGAGUUUGUUGCUGAUAAGUUAUCACUCUCACCACAAGAUCGCAGUCUUUCCCCAAGAUUAUCACGUUCUCUGGAAAAUCGUCAGGUUUGAAUAUGCUUCUUAUCUAUCAUUUUAUUUGCAAACGUCAUAAAUGCUUUUCCUCAAAUUUGCUUAAAAGCUUUUUUAUGGUAAUUUCUUUGUAAAUAAUCAAUAUAAAUCCAUAUCAGGUACAUAACGAACAUGUGAGCAUUGUGCUCUAUUCAUCAUGUAUUAUACUUAGAGCACAUCUCGUCCCAUCCCAAUACUGGUUAUUAUUUUAUUCCGUCAUAGUCAUAGAUUUUGUUCAUUCCAUAUAACUUAUACUCUAUUUCAGCAAGUGUAUUAUAAAACUCACACAUAAACUAUUUAUAUAAUAAUUUCAUCCAAUUAUUUAAGCAUUCUUUGGUUAAAAAAAAUCCUUAAUUUUCUUUCACAUUUUAAAGAGAAAAAUUGUAUUUUAGACCUAUGUCUUUGUCUCUUCCUAGCAGGUUAGACCAUCUAAACAGACUUUUACCUCACCACCUGUCAGAGCCAUAUCCCAGUCAGAAGUUAUUUUGCGUGAAAGAUACUCACAGAGCAGAAUUAACCCUUUCAAUAAAUACAGUGACCUUCAUGUGGAUGAGGAUUAUUUUUCAGAUAGCUUUUUUAGGGCGGAACGACAUUCUACCAACAGCACCAAGUCUUGUGAGUGGGACCUGAAGAAAAUGCUUUAAAACUUUGUUAUAAAAUAUCAAUAUUUUAAUUUUUAAAAAAAAAUCAAUUUCAAUCCCUAAACAAAAAAAUUCAAUCAGUUUCUAAUUCUAUUGUUUUUUUACUUUUCACGUUUUGAUGAAGAGAUGUAAAAGAGUUCUAACGCACAUACUAUAAUCAACAUUUUAAGGUGUACCCGGUAUCACUAAAGCUGAUUAGUAUGGUAGCAAGCACAAUAUUUAUCAUUUGUAGUGUUAAAAUUGAUAACAAUAACAUUUCUUUAGAAGAAAAAAAAGGAUCAAAACUUCUAUAACAAUCUUUAAAGACUCUCAUUUUAGAGACUUUAAUUCUCUUAAAGAAAAAGAUGGGUAGUAGGCCUAUUUUUUUUUUGGCAAUAUUGCAAAUAAAUCUAUCAUAUUUAAGAUUUUCCAAUCUAAAACUUGUAUCAAGUUUUUUGUUUUGUUGAAGAAAGAAAAAGACAAGAUAGCAUUUGAGACAGUAUUGUUAUCUGCUGUCAUUCAUGCUGUUAUCAGUUAAGAAUGAGCAAAGCUGAUCCAAGGCCUGGUCUGAAAUGUGAGACUUCCUAUUUUAAUCCUAAAGUUGCAGUAUUCCUUGUUUGUUAUGUGAUUGCAGCGUCAGCCUCCCAGGCAGGUGACUGGUGGCAUGAAGCGAACAGGUCAGAUGUUUCGUUUGCUGAGCUGGGCCUGUCUGAAGACCACUUCUCCCACCCACAGGUCAGUAGGGUCGAUUCUUAGAAUGGGCGCACUUAAAACCAAAAGCUUUAAACAUGACAUUUAAUAAACUUCAUGCUCCGUUUUAUUAUUCUUGGUGUGAAUGAAACAUAUUUGGUUCAGGGCCCCCCACUGUAUAUUUUGUGAGUCGUAGUUAAGAGAAAAAAAACUAUGCAGAUUGUCUGUGAUGUCGCCAGUUAAAUUACAACCGCAGGAACAUAAUCUAGAUUGAAAAAUAUUAGUUUUCUGGUUCAACAAUUUAACAUUUCCAGCAUUAAAACAUUGCUUUGAUUUUCAAAAGGGACAUUUAUUUUAUGCUUCCUUGACCUUACCAAUGUCUGAUUUUUUUCCCCCACUCACUUUCUUUACUGUAAUUACCCAGUAUUGUAUGAGCAUAAAUCCAUAAAUGAAACCUGUGUUGGCAGGGGCACUUUGGUCUUAGUGGUUCAGAAGAGCUGGAGCUGGCCAUAGAGAACUGCAAGGAGUUGAUAAAAGAAGCCCAGCAUGGCUCGGACAAGCAGAAAAAUCUGGUCAUGAAGCUCGUUCAGCUGAGAAUAAAACUUCACGAAGUGAAGGUAAAAAAAAAUUCAGUUUAGAGUGAUAAUUUAGAGAUUAAUGUAGAUGUCAUCUUAUGGCGCCAUUAUACACUCUUGAUUUCUAAAAAUAAAAACAACUUGUUUUGAUUCUUUAAUUUACUUCGAUGAAUCAAACUUUGAUAUUGCAAGGAUGAGAUUAGCACAUUUUAUACAUUUGACAGUAUUUGAUGAUGUUAACUGAGAGCUUUUGAGAAAAAAAAUGUUGUGGGAAAAAUUAAUUCCCCCCCCCCCCCCCCCCCAAAAAAAAAAAAAAAAAAAAAAAAAAAUAAAUAUAAAAUAAAAAAUAUUUGUAAACUUGAUAAGUGGCUUUUCCACAGUUUUGUUCUCACAUGAAGCUGUGUAUUAUUAUUUGAUACAGUUGAGAUUAUAUUUAUCUCUGUCUUACAUUGAUUUUAACCCUGGGAAACUGUGGGCUCUGAAUGAAGGGGAUUUCCCAGAAGUCCCAACUCAACAGCUGCAUAUUUAUUUUAAGUAUUCGGGAUUACCACUUUAUUGAUUUAUACCCAUUGCAACAGCUGGAUUGGGUCAAUGGACGCUUUAGGCCAAAUUUAAACCAAAAAAUAAUAACAAUAAACCAAUCAUAAAAAGGAAGUUGGGAACUCAGUCAUUACAGUGUAUCAUGUUGUGAAGCAGUGACAUCAAGAAAUGGGGAUAGUUUUCAUAGCUGUAGUCUUUUGAGCGAGGGUAAAUUACAGUAAAAAAAUAUAUAAAUACCAUUCCACAAUGGCUUUUAUUAAAGUCAUUCAGGUUUGUGUUAAAAAUUGAAAAUGAAUUAUUUUAAAAAAAAAAUUUCUAAGUGUUUAGUUACAGGGGCUUUUCUAGUUUAAUGUGUGGAACGGAUACAUGUUUUGUGUUUAACUUGUGAAACAGAUACAUGUUUUGUGUUUAAUUUAGUAAAAGUUUGAUGUUUAUGCUAAAAAAAGCAUUUAACUUCCCUGAACAGGAAGGACCAGAACCAGUUCCAGAGAAUGUCAAGGUCAUUCUGUCCCACAAAAUGAUGGUCAAGACCAGCCGCACCAGUAAAUAUUACUGUGAGAAGUGCAACGGCUCCAUCUGGGGCAUGGUGCAGAUUUGGUACAGGUGCACAGGUAUGCUCAUUCUCGGCUGCGGCAGUUCAUACACCCAGCUGUGGCAGGUCAAGCACAAAUAACUGUGAAAUAUGUUGUAUCUGUGAUUUACAUUUUGCUUUCCCAAUCAGCCGUGUGACACAUUAAUUUGUUUCCGGACAGGAGAGAUGUUCCCGUACACCCGCUGAUUUUUAUUUUAAAUUAAAAAGGAUAAAAUUACAUUGCUGUUCAGUUCAAGGUAGCAAGAUCAUUUUAUUUUUCUCUUCAUAAAUAUCUAUUUUAACAAACAUUAAAAACAACUUGUAUACUUAAUAUACCUAUAGAAAGUUUAAUCAGUUAUGCGCACCCUUUUGGCCCAUGCCCCACAAAGAAAAGCUUUGAUUGCAAGCUAUUCACUUGGUAAAAUUAUAAAAUUAUUAUUUACUGAGAGCCACAGGCAAACCCCCCCCCACCAUGAAAAGCUUGUUUAAACUUGAAGGAUCUCCCAUUCAUCAAUUGGCUAUAAAUUUAUUGCUCCCCAGAAUGUGGAUACAGGUGCCAUGAGAAAUGUCUGCAGCAGAUUCUGAGAACUUGUGCCAAGGCCAAGGUACAUCCGUUGUAGACAUGUUUGCCUGUUGUAAACAAUGGUUCCAAUAUUUAGUGUAUAGAUUUAUUCAAUACAUUACUGUUUUAACUGAAUAAUCCCAAUAGAUCUAAAAAAAAUCAUGGGUUUUAGAAUUAUUAAUAUUUACAAAUGGGCAAGCUAUCAUCAGGUGAUAAUACAGCUUUUGUUGGGUCAUGGGAGGGAUAGGUAAGCCUCAGGUGGUAGUGCAGCUUUUGUUGGGUCAAGGAAGAGAUAGACAAACCUCAGGGGGCAGUGCAGCUUUUGUUGGGUCAGGGAAGGGAUAGACAAAUCUCAGGUGAUAAUACAGAUUUUGUUUGGUCAAGGAAAGGACAAUGAUAAGUAUCACAAUUAGGAACUGAAGCUUGUACUUCAUCCCUCCCUGCAUGGGGAUAAAAGUAAAUUUUGAUUGGACUUUUCAAGACUAUUAUCUAAAACUGGUUCAGUGACCAGUAUGAAUAAAACUGUGUGCAGUAUGUUAAAACACUAAACUAUAUAAUAAUAAAUUUUGAUUUGGUCUGUGACUGCAUGACGUCUGCUGACCUAAGCUUAAUGGACCCAUACUUUACAUUACACAUUGAGGAUUAUUGGGUUUGGAUAAGUUCUAAACUAAGAUUACCUGAAACUUUAUCCUCAUUUCAGACAAUUACAUAAAAUUUACAUGUGUUAACCAUUCAACUAAUAAAAAAAACCUGCACCUUCUAAUUUUGAGACCAUCAGACCAUAGUUUCUUCUCAAUGCUUUCUCUGUUUCUCAAACAGGUUUUAGAAGACCCCACCUUGACCAUGGAACUAAACCCUGCAGACAAUCACGGUCUCAUGAUACAAAACUACAGGUGUUGGGAAUGCAGGGCUCCUAUAUCAUUCAGUGAGUUCAAGCAUGGAAGAGUUCUCUCACCCUGGUUCUAUCUCAGUGACUGGUCUCUGAUACUGGCCAGUUAAACUAAACACUGUGCCUUAUCUAUCGUAGUGACUUAUCUGUUACCGUGGCAUAUCUUUUAUAGUGGUUUAUCUGUCAUCGUACCUUGUCUGUUACACUGGGUUAUCUGUUAUUGUGUCUCCUCCGUCUUGUAGCUGUCAUGGUGAAUUGUCUUUUAUUUAUUCUGUUGUAUCUGUCAUACAGGGCUUAUGUGCGCUUCGUAACUGUUGUUAAAAGAAUGAACUGUCUCAUCAUUAAAAAAAAAUUAUCCGAUCCCUGAAUCAUGUUUUUUUUAUAGUUAUCAGAUUUUGUAAUUUAUUUACCAGUAUAUAUAUUUUUGAAUUGACUUUCAUUAGUGCUAAAAGCAUAACAUAUGAAUAUGCUAACAUUCAUCGCCGUUGUGUGGUUUUUUUCUCCAAGGGGUUGGCAGCCCAGAGCCCAGGGUGUGUGACUAUACUGGCAGAUACUACUGCGAACUGUGUCACUGGAACGACACUUACAUCAUGCCUGCCAGAGUUCUACACAACUGGGACUUCACACCCCAGAAGGUAGUCCAUCUGGAGUCUUUUCUUUAUCUAUUCAAAUGAGAGAUUUUGUGUUGUGGCUUUGUGGAACACCGGUGCAUUUUAGUGCUUCCCCGUGUGCAGGGCCAAAAGAAGGUGCGCAGAAGCAGGACUGCAGAUUUUAUUGAAUCAAAAUGACAAUGGCAGUCAUCCACACUCACAUCUGUUCAGAUUUAUUCACGGUGUAUUGAUACACUCACAAAAAUGUUCUUCUAAAUUAAUUUUAAUACAAUAUAUUGUUUUUUUUUUAAAUCAUUAUUUAUCACAAACAUUUCAUCAACUUUUUUCUUCAGUUUUAUAUACAUGAUCUUACUUAAGGCAACUGAAUUUCUUCUUCCAAUAAAUAAUAGAUUUAUCACUGUAGCUGUCAUAAUUACAAAUAUCAGAAUAUAUAAUAUUGGAAUUUAAAAUCAAUAUUUUUUGUCAUGUAUUUCAGUAAGUUGAAAAAAUAGCAUUUAUUGGCUAUCAAUAUUAGCAUUGUUGGCUGUCAGUAAUAGCAAUUAUUGUCUUUCAGUAAUAGCAUUUAUUGUCUUUCAGUAAUAGCAAUUAUUGUCUUUCAGUAAUAGCAAUUAUUGUCUUUCAGUAAUAGCAAUUAUUGUCUUUCAGUAAUAGCAAUUAUUGUCUUUCAGUAAUAGCAAUUAUUGUCUUUCAGUAAUAGCAAUUAUUGUCUUUCAGUAAUAGCAAUUAUUGUCUUUCAGUAAUAGCAAUUAUUGUCUUUCAGUAAUAGCAAUUAUUGUCUUUCAGUAAUAGCAAUUAUUGUCUUUCAAUUAUAGCAUCAAAUGUAGCAAACAUGUCUUCCACAAAGAUGCUUUAUUUAACGUUCGUAAAUGCCAGGUGUGCCGGGCAACCAAACAGUUUCUCAAGCUGAUGCAGAGGAAAGCUGUGAUAAGAAUACAGGAUGUGAACCCCAUGCUGUUUGUGUACGUCGACCAACUGAAUGAAAUAAAGGUGGGGGGAGAUCGUUCUCAUUUGUUGUAUGUGUCAGAACUGCCACCCCUUCCUUACCUCUCCUGCUAACCCUUUUUGGAGGCACAUGUUACAUUUUGUGUGUGUGCCCCAAAUUGUUAUCUUUUUUUAGUUCAGCAAAAAAUCAAUUCUGACUAUACCCUUUGUGUGCUGUUUGACCAAUGUUUGGGUUAAGGUAUUUCACCGACAUAAUUAAAUCUUACACCUAUUGCAUGGUUGUCUAAAUUUUGACAUGAUGCUGGGUUGGGAAAAGGGGGGGGGGGGAAUGCCAGCUAUAAAAAUGAACAGGCCCUGAUGUUCUCUCAGUUCCAGUGUACACAUUACCGGGAGCGAAUAGUGCUGAACACACCGUGUUGCUUUGUGAUGAUUUUUUUGUGUGUAAGUAUCUCUUUAUCAAUAUCACUGUCACGUUUUAGAAACUGAGGGAAGAAAUGAUGGUGAUGAAGAAGUACAUCAUCUCUUGCGGGAGUGCCAUGGAGGCCAAGCUGCUGCUGAUGCUGGAGAAACGACAACAUUUUGUUGAGAGCUCCGACAGAUACUCCAUGCAGGUUAGCCCCCUUAGAUAAUUUAUAUGAGUGGAUUCAUAGUUUUAUUUCACCUGAAAUUGAAAUUGAUAAACAGUAUUGAAAUAUUAAAAUAAGUUGAAAAAGGGGGGUGGGGGGGGGGAAUGUAUUUGCAUAUGUGAAUGAAUCAUGAUUGUCUUUGUAUCAUAUGUGCCAAACUCUAAAACUCUCAAAAUCCUGUACACAAUUUUUUUAAAAACUCAAUAUUCUAUGGACAAAAUAUGGAAUGCAAUAACAAAUAUCAUGAACUAUUUAGCUUCUGUGUGCCACACGAUGGCCGUCUAAUCAGGAGGAUUUGGAAUGAAUUAGAAUUUAUAGGUUUAAUAUUUCUUCUGGCAUCUGUUGUGAUGAUGGUGUAGACUUCGCAGGAUAGAAAAUCUCCUCUCUCCACACAUCUGGAUAACCCAAAAGAGCAUCAUGUGUGGAUGGUACAGCUUGGCACCAGCAGCAGCGCAGUAUUUGUUGGAAUUUUCAUUGUGUCAAUAUCAUACCGCCCACGGGACUCCAUCACCUGGUUUGAAUUCAGAGUUUUCCUUCGCAUUAAUGAGUUGCCUUGUCAUCCAAAGUUAACGAGUCCAAUCCCCUUGGGGUGAAUGUGUCAUUUUCGCUUAUCUAGGCUUUUCUGGAGAUUGAGUCAAUUCGGAGCGUUCUGUCACCCUACUCAAUUAUUGUUAUAAUUAUUAUUAGAGUGGUCUUAUAUAGCGUAGUUCCCCAGCCUAAGGCGAGGCUCACCACGCUUCACAUAAAAAUUUUCAAAAAUAAACAUGACAUUAAAAAACAGUUAAUUGAGUGUUCCCUAUUGUUCUGUAGAUGAUUUAUUCUAAUUUUAUUUUCACUUAAAAGUAAGUAACAAAUUGACUACUUGCAGAGAUCAAGAUAAAUGGAAUAAGUACUGGUGCCCAUAUUGGCAUCAUUUCUUCAUUAAUUUGAAGUAUCAUAUUUACGGGUAUUAGAAAGCAGCAUUUCCCAAACUUUUAAGUUUGGCGGAGCUGCAGACCGAUGGACAAGUUUUGAAGUUGCACUAGGGACCUGUGCCAGACUUAUAAAUUAUAUUUGCUUUUUACUUGACCAUGAAUAUUCAUGUUGUGGGGACCGGCAUCAUUACGUUUGUGGACCGGUGGCAGACCGCGAUUAGGGGAACACUGUUCUAAAGAGAAUUUGGAAUUCAGAUGUCUACUCUUUUCCCAGCUUGUGAUUUGAAUUCUUCUUUAUAUUUGAGUUAGAUUUAGCCAUGGCCACUGAGGUGGAUGGGAGGGGCUUCUUCUCCCCAGUAUUUAUAUAUUUAUUUAGAGAGUAUUUGUUGUCCUUGCAGGAUCUGUUGGAUGCCGAAGACGUCCUACUGCCAGAACUGGUCAACAUCCACAGCACCUGGGCACGUCAUAUUAAGGUGGACUGUCAGGUCAGUGGUACAUACACGAUGUCUGGGUUUGAUUAGGAUCAAGUUUACGUUCAUAUCUUAUAUGUCAUACACUGAAACCUAGUAGUUCAGACAUAAUAUCCAGGUAUGAUUAGGAUCAAGUUAACGUUAAUAUGUCAUCCAUCGUACACUGAAACCUACUAGCUCAGACAUGAUGUCCAGGUUUUGUUGAGGAUAAAGCUUAUGUAUCUAUAACAUCAUGACAUUUAGUAUUUAUUGACCAUUCACUCAGAAUCACAAGGCGCAUUAAUUCAAAUGAUGAAUCAUUAAAGACCGUAGUAUUUUUGUCAGCCAUUUUGGCAAGCAUGUGACAUUAGGCCGUGAGCUUGGAAUACUCAAAGAAAGAGUGGGGAUGCAUCGAUUGUCUGCGGACACAUAAAAUUAAAAAUACAUAAUGGUAUUCUUUAUUCAUUGGAUUGUUCAUGUUUAUACCACACUGAUUCUGUGAAUUGGAGCCCUGUUGUAUGGUUAAUGAAAUUUUAUUCGUCACGCUAUAUUUCAAGUGAUAAAGUGAUGAAUGUGCAAUCCUCGACUUGACAUUUUGAUUUGAACAAGUGGUGCUGAAUGCCACAACAAUAUAUAUGAAUAACCGAUCAGAGGAAGAAAGGCUGCAUGUGUCGGUGAAUGAUCUUUCUCUUUCUGCGCCCCCAAACAAUGGAAUUCUCUCCCACUACACAUCCACAAUAUACUGACCAUCCAAGCCUUCAAAACUGCACUCAAGAUACAUCUCUUCAAACUUUACUAUCCCGACUGAUUCCCCCCCCCCCGACGGUUUGACAUGUAAAUAGUUCUGGGGUGGGUGGGGUGAAUAUUUUUUUUAUACAGUUGUUUUUUUAAUUAAAUAAAUGUAUGGAAUUUUUUUUAAAGUCAUGAUUAUGUUUGCGAAAAUUUUUAUGUGAAGCACGUUGAGCCCAGCCCUAGGCUGGUGUACUGCGUUAUAUAAGACCACUAUCACUAUCAUAAUAAUGUCAAAAGCAACAAACUUUUUGUCGAGGUCAUAUGGGCAAUUAUUAAAUAUUUACAUUUCUUUAUUUGGUUUGGUUUGAUUUGUAAAUCUCUGCCCCCUCGUAAUAUGUAAAUGGUAAGAUUUGAUACACAGCUAUGCCCAAAAAGGCAUUUAUUCUAUUAAAAAUGUUGUUGAUUUGUAAAGGAAAAUCUGUUUUUGUUGAAAUAUUUUUUUCCAGCUGUGUCAAGGGAGAGGAUUUUGCUGUGAACUAUGUGGUGAUGAGGAAGUGUUGUUUCCCUUUGAUAAUAUAGCAGUAGUGUGCCCCAAGUGUUGCGCUGUGUCCCACAGGUAGGAUCCAGGCCAUUAAAUCUGUCUUGAUUUUGAUACUGUUAGUGUUAGUGAAAGUUUACGUUUAAUAACAAAAUUGACAUUAUAAGGAAUCAAAGGGUUUUUAAAGUGCAUGAAUCUACGGAUGAUAUGUAUCAUUACCAACAUGUGUAUCAUUCCAAAAAAUAUGUAUCAUUCCAAACACAAGUAUCGUUCUGUUUCUUUUACUCCCCAGACAUUGCUUUGCCAGGAAAGGCAGCUGCCCUCGCUGUGAGAGACGGGAAAAAAAACAUACGGCAAUGUCCUGACCAUCUGUGUAUCAACCUUGUCCAUAGAGAUUUAUUUUAUUCACCUAUAAACUCAACACUGAGCCUAGCAUUAAGCCAUUAUAUAACAUUUUUAUGUUAAUAUGUACAUGAAUAUGUAACUUAUAAUAGUGGUACCAAUGUUUGUCUUGCUGUUGUUAAUAUAACUGGGUUGCUCACAUAACAAUCA